AGAUACAUACAUACAUAUGUAAAUAAAAAUAAGAAAAAUGCCCGUGAAAUUUGAGGAUAUACGGUUAAAAAUCGAAAACGGCGAUUACACACUAGCCGCGAAUGGCAAAAGUACACGAAGCACCGUUUGGCAUGUGUAUAGGAAAAUUGAGAAGGAGGAUGGCACAAUAUUGGAUGAUGUCUUAUACUGUAUAGGAUGCAAGGGGCUGAAGUCCUUCACACACAAGUCGACAACAAAUCUCCGUCGCCAUAGAUGUCAUAUGCAAUAUCUCAAAGACCAGAGGCAUUGUGGGCUUGGUGUUUUGAGUUCCGGAGCCAAAGACUGGUACAAAACAGUUGACGAUGCGGAAAUCUCAGUGGAGAACAGUUUAGUGGAGGCUGAACUCAAGACGGAUGAGGAUGCCGAUGACGGUGUUGAUGACGAAAUACUUGGCGAUGAUAUUGAUGAUAUCGAUCAAUCAUUGAUGGAGGAUCUAAUGGAAAAGAAACAUAACUCCACUGAUGGGGGCGUCUAUUCAAUGGACACUGCAGCUUCGGUUUCCACCAUUAUGCGUUCCCAACCACCAUCCAGCCAUAAUGCUGAUCCCUUGAAUGUGAGUUCUGUGUCAUCUGUUCCCACGCCUGUUGUUACUACCCCUGCCACAUCUACUAAUUCACAUCUAUGGGAUAUAAAUGGAGUAGAUGAAUCCUCCAUAUAUGCUCAGACUUGGUCCUUGGAAUACCGCAAACUGAGCGAAGACCAAAAAUUUUUUGCCAAGCGCGCCAUCGAUGAAAUCUUUGUCCUAGGUCGUUUAAGGCGUCUUACACUGAAUACAGUACCGCCAGCCGAAUAGUUGGGGGUUUUUAGCCAUAAGUCUAGAAUUAAACAAAUAAUAUUAAACUAUACACUAAUGUAAAUACAUAUAUAUAUAUAUAUAUAUAUUAUUAAUUAAAAUAACUUUCCGGUCGUGGUGUAGUUAUUUAUAAUCCAUACACAAAUGUUUCUUUUAUAUAAAAGACAAACACAUUUAAAAUUUAUGAAUAGUUUCCUUUAUUUUAAGGAAUUUUUUGUUAAUCGUGACAAUUUGCAUAUGUAGCUACAGAUGUAUACCAAAUGCAUUGAACGCCUUCAUAUUUUGUUUAUAAUACAUUUAUACUAAGAGAUAUAUCUUACAAACAAUAUAUGAAUUUUGCAAUUUUUUCCAUA